GAGCCGCGCGGCGGUUCCGGGCGCGGAGGCGGGGCGGGCUCCCGCGCCUUCGGGCGGGCUAAGGAGUCUCUGCCCUUCCUUAAGCGACAACUUUUUUGAGCAAACCACAAGGCGGGAGGAGGGGUUUGUCCCGCGGAGAGAGAGGAGGAGGAGUAGGAAGUAAGUGAGGGUGGCGCCGAGGCCGGAGGGCCGGCGGUUGCUCCGUGCCUCCGCUGCCGCCGUGGUCCCACUGGAAUCUACCGGGCCCACCACGGAGGGCCGGCUGCAAACUCUGCCGGCGGCCCGAGCCUGGGAGUGCCUGCAGCCGUCUCCUCCCCGGGAGCGCGUGGAGAUCCGGCAGGAGUUCACAGACCCCCUUUCUGCUAAGGAGCUGCUUUUAACUACCCAAGAUGAGGAUCCGUCUGGCGAGAAGAUCGACGUGGGUCCGCAAAAGCUGCGUGUUCUUCGGCUUCUUAAUGAUCGCUUACUUUGUGGUCGAGCUGUCGGUUUCUUCCUUCGGUGCCUCCCUCGCCGGUGAGAGCAUCACUAAAGGGAAAUGGGAGAGGCACUUUUCUGACUUGCAGAAGAAGCUGUCGAUUUUGGCUCGUCCAGUGUAUGACAAACCCCCCACCGAUCCUUAUGCUCCAGGAGAAUGGGGUAAACCGUCACGCCCACAGCUGAGUCCUGAAGAAAAGAAACAGGAAGAAGAGCUAAUUGAGAAAUAUGCAAUAAAUAUUUAUUUAAGUGAUAAAAUUUCCCUCCACCGGCACAUUGAAGAUAAUCGACUGAGUGGUUGUAAAACUAAAUCCUACAACUACAGAAGAUUGCCCCACAACAUCUGUUAUAAUGCUUUCUACAAUGAAGCCUGGUCAACACUGCUGCGGACGAUACAUAGUGUUCUUGAAACAACACCUUCAGUGCUUCUGAAAGAAAUUAUACUGGUGGAUGACCUGAGUGAUAAAGUGUAUUUGAAGGCUGAACUCGAAAAAUACAUAAGCAGUCUGAAACGAGUUCGCCUGAUAAGAACCAACAAACGAGAAGGAUUGGUUCGUGCACGCUUGAUUGGCGCCACCUUUGCUACUGGUGAUGUUCUCACAUUCCUAGAUUGUCACUGUGAAUGUGUUUCCGGCUGGCUGGAACCACUGCUCGAGAGGAUUGCUGAGAAUGAGACUGUUAUUGUUUGUCCUGUCAUUGACACCAUUGACUGGAAAACAUUUGAAUACUACAUGCAAACGGCAGAGCCCAUGAUUGGGGGUUUUGACUGGCGGCUGACGUUCCAGUGGCACUCAGUGCCUAAACACGAACGUUCUAGGCGCAAAUCUGAAACGGACCCAAUCAGAUCCCCAACUAUGGCUGGUGGCUUGUUUGCUGUCAGCAAGAAGUAUUUUGAGUACCUGGGAACCUAUGAUACAGGAAUGGAUGUUUGGGGAGGGGAGAACUUAGAAUUAUCAUUUAGGGUUUGGCAGUGUGGAGGCAUGUUGGAAAUUCAUCCAUGCUCCCAUGUGGGCCACGUGUUUCCAAAGCGUGCACCCUAUGCUAGACCAAAUUUCCUACAGAAACGGCACGUGCUGCUGAGGUGGUGGAUGGAUGAGUUCAAAGAUCACUUUUACAACAGAAAUCCUUCAGCAAGGAAAGAAAACUAUGGAGACAUUUCUGAAAGAAAGAUUCUUAGAGAGCGUUUGAAAUGCAAGAGUUUUCACUGGUAUUUAAAAAAUGUAUUUGCCGAGUUGCACGUACCAGAAGAUCGUCCAGGCUGGCAUGGUGCUAUCCGCAGCACAGGAAUACCUUCAGAGUGCCUUGACUAUGUGUUACAGGAACAUAAUCCUACCGGGUCUCAUCUUUCUCUCUUUGGCUGUCAUGGUCAGGGAGGCAAUCUUUUUGAAUAUACAUCAAAUCAGGAGAUUAGAUUUAACUCUGUAACUGAGCUAUGUGCUGAAGUCCCUGAGCAUGAGGACUUCAUAGGUAUGAGGAGCUGCCCAAAAGAUGGAUUUCCCAUCCCAGAAAUUAUUAUCUGGCACUUCAAAGAAGAUGGGACUAAUCAUCCUCAUUCGGGGAAGUGCCUUACUGCUUACCGUACAACUGAGGGGCAUGCUGAUGUGCAAAUGAGAACUUGUAAUGCUGGAGAUAAAAAUCAGAUUUGGAAAUUUGAAAAAUAAUCACUGCUGGUAGUAUGAAUCAAAUGGACUGUGAUCUCCAAGGUUUUCACAUGUGUGAGCAGAUAAGUGUUUGAUUGAAUACCUUGGAAUGUUUUCAGAUGCAUCUGUAGUGUUGUGUAGAAUCUGUCUACUGUGAUGAACUGUAUGGAAAGCAAAAGUAUAUAGUGGGAUUCAUUUUCUAAAACAUGGAUUAGAACAUCUAAUGCCUUUUACUUUUGUAAAAUUUUGAUCCAUUCUUUGCUCAGUCUUGAUUAUGGUAAAACAAAGACUUCUGAGUGGAUUGGGGAGGUAUUUUUUUCAUCUUAAAAUUAUGCAAUAAUCCUGCAAGAUAAUGUUAUAUGUAAACAAAAAAUUUUACUUACAGAAGUAAAAGUUAAGGUUCUUGCAGUGGUAUUAGCUGACCUAUGUUACAGAUACAUUGUAAAAUAUGUAUCUAACACCCUUAGUAAUGCUACAGUAGCAUGUGAUUGAAUGGACAUUGAUGUGGAAGUCAAAUCUAAGCCUUCUAAUAGUCUGCAUUUUUCUGUGAAUGUACAUGCUGUUAAGGGUACUAUAUUAUAUAGAAGAACAGGAAGUUUAUUUACUAAAAGAUCUUUGGCACUGCUUUGCAUUCUUUUACCUAUUGUAAAAAUCUUACCACAUGGGGCUUAGUCAGGAGCUCUUAUGCAUUUACAGGAGAGUGUGGUAGCAGUGGAACCAAGGACAUGCUGGUGAUGUCCCAAAUGAAAGAAACAGGGAUGUCUACAAGUAAGAAUUUUGUUUAAAGGCAAUGGAGAAGGAAAGGAACCACAAAAUUGUCUUAGCUACUGCUGUUUCUUAGCUAUAUAUUUAAUGUAUGCAUUGCCUCUCUGUAAGCUUUUCCAUGUUGAGACCUACGUCCCAGGGACACAAAAGUUACAUGAUCGUUGUUUGGGUUUUGUUGUUUUUUUUUUUCAUUUGAUCUGUCAGCAGGGUAGAGGAAGGUAACAGAGGAACAUUUGGGCUGUUUUAUUUUGCUUUUUUGUGUUUUGGCAACAGUUUGUAUGGGUCAGCCCUAGGAAGCGUUUUGAAAUAAUACAGCGUAAACUGCCUCUUUCUAGUCAAAAUAAUACCACUGAAGACCUCGGCUAAGGCUGGGAAGCUGAAGUUUCUGACAUGAAGGGAGUUGAAAAGACAAAGAACAGCUUGGAGGAAAGUAAGAUUUGUUGGUAAGGUGGUUCACAGAAUUACCUAUUUAGAAUGUUUUCUUUUUUCUGUUAUGCUGAGUUUUUGAAGAAUACUGAUUCUUGAAUCAUGUCACUAAUCUGUUUUGAUUGUGAUUAUAGAUGGUAUAUGUGAUAGAUACAUUGUGUACUUAAAAGAAAAUCUUAUGUUAGUAUCUGUGUUUUAGUUUCAUAAGAUUCUUAAUGUGUUGGGCAUUCCAGCUGUUUUGAUUGCUUGCACUGAAGUGGUAAAUGUUCAUCAGUAGCCACAGUGCAGUAAAUUUUUACAUGGGGCUGGUAGGUAGAAACUUAAGCUUGUGAGCUUUAGGAAUCUGGAUACUUGGGGAAUGUAGUGCAUGUGCAUUUGCUACAGGUGUUAGUAGGUACAAGAGUAAAAAGGGACAAGUGAGACCUGAUGUAGUUCAAGUUUUGCCAAAAAUAAAGCAAGAGUAAGUUAGAACAUGUUCUUAAAUCUUAGUGACUUGAAAACUUUGAGAGGCCUGGGUGGAAGCAGGUUAAGAUAGAAAACUAUUUGGAGCUUGGAAUGCAGCUUUGGGAGUUGAAUCAUGCUAAAAAUGCUUGCCACUAUGUGGCAUGGAUUCUUUUAAGACUUAAUUUAUUUUUAGGCAGGGUACUUGCAAUUUGAUUUUUUUUUUCCUCUUUUAUGUUCCUUUUCCCCCCCAAGUUUGUUUUUUUAAUUGUUGUUUUUUGUUUGUUUAUUAAAAGAAAAAAAAAAAGGGAACUUUUUACUACAUAAGGGAAAUGUUCCUGAAAAAUUGCAUUCUCUUUGCAGCAGGAAGUCUUUUGUGGGCCUGCAAGUUAUGAACCAUUUAUCAAAAUUUAAAAGGCAACCAAUCAAUAUGUACUGGGGCAAUAAAUCAUAUAAAGUAUGUGCUUUUGUGAAAAGAUUGCUCUUCAUUCAAUAGAAGGCUGUUACAUUCAAUAGAAAUGACAGGACAAAGGCCUAGGUUCUCUUGUGUGGCAGAUCGUAAAUAGUAUGUGCAAUGCAUGUUUCUUCAGAUGAAAGGAAUUAAAUGGUGUGAAUAUAGACUAUGCAAAUUUUAUACUGUCAAUUUUUUAGCACUUGGCAAAAACUGCUUUUCAUAUGAACCUUCAAGUUAAACCUGACAUUCAAAGUUUUUCUUAUCUAUUUAAGCAAUAAUUUUAAGUGAAUCUGCCUCUCAGUUUGAAACGUUAUUCUAUGUAUCUGAACCCUUCCUCCUCCCCAUGACCUCCCUUUCUAUUUUUGGAGUUAUUUAGUAAUAAACUGGGGAGAAAAAAAAAAAAAAUUAGAUGACCUGGCCCUAAAAAAUUUUUUUAAAUCUUCCCAUUGGGAAUAAAAAACGUGAAUAAAAGGAUGAGGGAUUCAAGAUAGAAAGAAAGAAGGAAAAAACAAACACCACCUUACCAUUUCAAUACUCCUAUCCAUUUAUUUUUCAGUAUGUACAGAUUUCUGGAAAAUCUGAAACUCUGAAUUGUUUUCUAUUCUGUUAGACUUUGAAGAGCUGGUGAACUCAUGAACAUAUUUUAAACUACUGAUUCUAAGUGACUUAAAAGAAAUUGAAUGUAAACUUAACACUGAAUAAAUGUGGAGGGCUUUGGGAUUUCUUUUGAAAAAAUAAAAUCCAGAAAAAUAAAUGUUGACUAGUUUGCUGACUCUUCUCGGUUAUUUUCCUCUUGCAUACGGAAUGCAACAAAA